UUUUUCUGAAUUGCGGAAUUACUCUAAUGGCACAACGAUAAGGGAAUCGCUCGGGGCUGGCAGUGUGGAAAUGAUAUUUAACACAAGGCAUCUUUUGUUACCGCGAUAUGAUUUACAGCAAGGCGUCAGCUGCCGUGGUCCCACUCAGGAGGAGAAAAUCAUUUUUAAAAAAAAGAAAAAAAAAGGAGCAGACAAAUACCAGCAGGAGCAAACAGCGGCUCCGCAUCCUGCAUCGUUUGGGACAUUAAUUUCACAUGAACACACAUUCACCUUACGUAACCUACAAAUGCAUCACUGGAUCCUGGUCCUGUUAUUGCCAGAGAAUAGCAUGCACUUGCCGCUGCAGGUUUAGAUGAGGGGUCGUUUGCCUGGAUUUCAUUGGGCGAUGCGGUACCUCGAGGGUGUUAAUGCGGUUGUCGUGUUGUAAACAAAAAUAUGUCAGCAUCGGCAUCGGAGAGGGAGGUUUGUCUUGUUUUAUUUAAGGGACCUCCCCUGGAAAUUGAGCGCGAGGCAGUGAGUAAUGUUAUAAUUGGCUUGAACUGUGCCGAGCUUUUCCCACAUUGCUUUUUUUCCCCUUGCAGCCAUGAGGAGAGGACAAGUCACAUCCAAGACGCAGGGGGAGCCGUCUAUUUACAGCUGAGGCGCUCAGAUCUCAUGUCUGUCAUAGCCACAACAAUAGCUUCCAUUUUCCUCAUCAGCGUCAGGCAUGAUCGAUACACUAUGACGCGAUUAUUGGGAAAGAUUUGGUCCGGUCCCUUCAGGUGUCUGAUCACACCAAGUGUGCCCACAGCUGAGGAGAAACUGAUGAAUCAUGUAUUGAUCUUAUGUCUCACCGCUGAGAUGAGAAUGUGUUUUGGCUGGUGGUAACCUCAAGUGACCUGACAGCAUGUGGUGGUGUGUGUUUGUGAAUCCCUCCUCCUCCUCCUCCUCCUCCUCCCCCUCUCCUCCUCCUCACCUCCAGCCUCCCACCGGCUUCCCGCACCGUGAAGACGCAGCGAUGCCCCAGCAGCAGAGGGAGGACCCGUCUCCGUCUCCGUCCCGCCGUCUCGGCCUGGCAUCCCUCCGCCUCCAGACACUGAAGCCCGGCCACGACUUCCCAUGAGGCCACCACCAGAACUCAGCUCGACCGCUCUGUAUGGGGCCUCUCACAUAUGAAUUGACAUGGAGGAUGAAGAUGGGACUUGUCUACUUGAUGUUUUGUGUGACCCCCAAGCCCUGAACGACUUCCUUCAUGGGACCAAUGAGCUGCAGACUGAAGACCUGCUCAUUAACUCCUCCUCUGGGGAGCCCUCCCUCUUCACAGAUGCCCCGAGCCCAGUCUCUCUGCUGGGAGAUGGCAGGGAUUCCCCAGACACACCUCCACCUGGGUGUGUGGAUCUGUCCUUCCUGGAGGAGGCCCUCCUGUCAUCGCCGGAGGGUGGAGAAGACCCACAGGUGGUGCAGGGUGGGACACCUGUGGAGGCUGGAUUUGAGGCAAAGAAGGGAGAGGUGGAGGAAGCGGAGGAGGCAGAGGUGGCAUGUGAUAUCCUCCAGCAGAGCCUGCAGGAGGCUGAGAUCACAGAGCAGACCAUGGCUCUGGAGGCAGGUCUGGCCCAACCUGGGGACAGCCUGUCGCUGUACUCACCUGCCCCUCUCCUCUCUCCACCCACCGUACCAUUCAUACCCAAGUCUGUGACCUUGCCCAUCACCCAGGCAUUGCCCAGGGACACCCAAGCAGCAGUGGAGCCCCCGCAGCCCUCCCUCCUGGCUGUCGGGCCAGGCUGCCCUUCUCUAAAACCUGCUGCCCCUCCUCAGCUGAUGGGGCUCCUGCCUGGAAACGUGUUCCCUGCUGCUUCUCCAGAGACCUCCUUCUCUCUGAGUCCUGCCCAGGCAUCCAGUAUGAUCAUCCACAAGGCUGUUCCCAGUAUGACCAGUCGCCCUCUUAUCACCCCAACCCUGAGAGCAACAGCAGCAGCAGCACCGGGCAUCGUCCUGCAGCGUGCCCCUCUUCCCAUUCAACCCAAACUGCCUAUCAGCAUUCAGCCCAGACUGGUUCAAAUUAGCCCCAAGCCUUCUGGGCCAAAACACACUCCAAGUCUUACAUUUGUCCCUGGGACUGCCUCACCAAAUAUUUUACUCUCCCAACCUCCGGGCCAAAAGCCUGCAGCUCCUCCGCAGCAGCCCACCCAGCAGCUCCCCAAACCAGUCAGCCUGCAGCUGGUCAACCAGGGCGGCUCCUUUGUGCUGCAGCCUCAGGGACUCUUCCAAGGCCAAAACCAGUUCCUUCUUCCAGGCCAGUCCCCUGUUACGAUCUCCCAGUCUGCCAGUGCAGCUCGACCGCUGCUGACCCCCAGUCACCAUGGCCCGUCUCUCCACAGUGUGAAUCCCUCCACUGGGCAGCUGGUAGAAGGCUCUCAGAUCCUAACUGUGCCCCAAAGACAGCUGAACUUCAGCCCCGUCUUCACCACGCCUUCAGGGCAGCUAGCACUCCGCCAGGCCACUGUGCUUUCAGGACCUUUGCAGCUACAGUCAGCGCCCCCUACUGUCUUCCAGAUGCCAGCGCAGCUGGCUGGAACCUACACUCCAGGAGGGCAGGGGCAGCGUACCACCCUGGUCCACAGUCCUGCUCUUGGAAACCACAUUACCUUGAUCAACAGUUCAGGGGUGCUUCCCCCGGAUCUCACUUCCAUCUCGAUCGUCAACGGCCCCUCAGUAGUUCAGGGGCUGCCUUUUGCUGCACAGGCCCCUGCUCCUCAGACAGGAGGAGUGACAGAAGGACAGCUGAGCCUCCAGCAGGCCUCCGUGGUACUGCUGCCAGAAAGAGCCAUUCAAGAGGAGAGGAGCAGCUCAGAGGAGACGUUCCACCAGCUACCACAGCCCUAUGGACAUGUCCUCCAGCACGUCUCGGUGCAGCCCACCUCUGCAGGGCUGCAGUCCUCCUCUCCUCCUGUAGUCACAGUCCUGCAGCCUCCCCCUGAACCUCCUCUGGCCCCCGAUCCAGCUGUGGAGAUCCCUAAACUUUUGAUGCCCCCAGCAGACAUGACCCAAGUAAUGGAGGAGGUGACGCAGUCGAUGAGUCAGAACGAGGCCUUUAUGCAACAUCUGCAACAGCAAGCACUUAGUUCUCCUAUCACAUCUGAACUGUUGGUUGGAGCGCUGCCGGUAGUGCCGAUGGAGUCGCUGGCGUCCCCGGUGGCCAAUGAAAGAGAGACCCAGCCACAGACCCACACAGUCUCCGGUCAGGACGCCCACACUGUGAUGUCUGACCAGUGUGUCGAGGCCUCUCCACUUCACUCAAACCCAGAGGACACACCGCUGAUCUGCUCCUCCCCUCCUGUUCAGGACUCAGAGCGACCAGCGCCGACGAGUUUCUCCCCUCAAAUCACUCUGCCUGGUCCCGAGAGUUCGGUCCCUCAGAUCACAGCCCCCCAGCCUCGCAUUGAGCCCCAAGUCCAGUACCAGGUUCCCCAUCAGCUCCAGGUCUCACAGGCCUUAUUCGCCCAGAACCAGGUGCAGAUCCAGUCAUCUGUCUCCCAGCCUCCGGUCCAGCUCCAGGUCCAGGUCCAGGUCCAGGUCCAGCAGUCGUCUGUCUCCCAGCCUCAGUCCUCGGUCAACCCGUCAGUCCACAUCAGUCCCCCCCCUCUGCGUGUCUCGGUGCCUCAGCAGCAGCCUGAUCCCACGGCUGCGUCUGCUAGUCUCUCCAAAGGAGGAGACGACUCCGCUGUCCAACAGCACACACAAAACAAGCCAACAGCUGCCUUGGUCGUGGAGAGUAAACCGUUUACUCUCGAUGUCCAUCCACCCUCUCCUGCAGCCCAGGGUGUCCAGGCUCAUGGGCCCCCGGCCUCCAGAGAGUGUGCCCCCAUCCAGACGAGUCAGCAAACCAGCACCAAGCUGGCAGGUCCUCUGGAGCAGCAGAGAGAGGAGAGGGUCACACCAGCAAUGCGCAGGCACAGGUUCCAGCAGCAGAUCUGUUUGGACCACGCAGCGGUUCAGACCCCCUUCACCGGCCCGGCCUUUUCCACACUGAAGGACGCUGUUAGGCGCCUGCUGCCGUACCACACCUGCGCCGGUCACCUGCCCACUCAGGAUGACUUCAAUUUAGUGGACCAGGAGUUUGACACUGUGUCUGGUUUCCUGUUGAAACGCACCAAGGACAUGGUCAACAAAUACAGGCAGCUACUAGUUAGAGAAGCCCAGCAGGAGAGUCCGUCAGCAGAGAUGGUGAUGCUGGAGCGUCUCUUCCUCCAGGCUGAGCGAUGCGCUUUAGCGGAGGACAGACGGAGAGUCCGCAGAGACCCAGAAUCAUUCAUGACGGCCUUGGCUACAUCAGCGUCUUCCCCCCACGGUGCCCACUCCUCCGGCCCCUCCCAGCUGUGCUCCUCCAGCAGCCCCUCCUCCCCACCACCCUGGACCAGACUGUCCGACCGGCCCCCGGGACUGAAGACAUACCGCUCCAGCUCCCGCGGGGCUCUCAGGCUCACCAUCAAGCAGGAGUCCGGCUCCCGUAAGGUUGUUCACAACUCGGCCUGCGACCCUGGACUCAAGAGGGACCACAUGGGGCACCUGACCAACGGCAGCGGAGCUGUGAAUGAACGCCACUCUCAGGCACCCAACGGAGCACCCCAGUGUCCUCAGCGUGAUGAGGAGAUCUCCAACGGAGCUCUGCCUUGUAACACCGCAGAGGAGGUCCCACAGACAGCACCCAUUUCCAAAAUAAAAGCCCCAAACCCUCUUUCUAUGCCAGAGCCACAGGUUGGUUGCUUCGAGUUGCCUCCCAGAGAUGUCAGUGCCCCGAAACUGAAAUGCUACAGGUUGGAUGCAUCAUCCCGGCCGGAGCAGCGGUUCAGCCCGCCGCCUCCCCCCCUCCAAGAGGACAACAUGCUCAGUGAACAUCUACAGAGUGCCAUCGACAGCAUCCUGGAGCUUCAGCGCCUGCAGGGCCCCUCUGCAGCCCCGACCAGGGCCACGUCAGGCCCUUCACUGGACCAAGCUGUCACCAGCAUCCUGGAGGGACACCUGUGAGGUAAUCUGCACCAACAGACGUCCACACAGAUGCAGAAACAUCUGUCUGAGGUGGGAUAACACAAAGGAAGGUGACUUCUUAUCUGUCCCCAGAACUUACAGAGAUUUUGUUUCUGGGUUUCAGAGAUUACGUUUAAGGAACUGAUUGUUUGAAAGAAGAGGGAGCAGGAAAAAAAUUAAGAGGCACUAUAAAGAGAUGCAUACCAGACAACAGCACUAUCUAUAGUCCGAUAGAUGUUAGAUACUUCAUUUUGAUGUACGUUUGUGGAAAAAAAAAUCUAUUUGAAUAGGAGCUAUAUUGUUUCAGUGGUAGUUAAGUCAUUCAGAGGUUUACGACACUGGUGUAACCUUCAUCAGCAUAUAGUAUAUAAGUAAUAGUGAGGAUAAACGAAAACGUGGAGUAGACUGAGAUUAUUCAAUAGUUUUUAUAAGAUUUCUUUCAAAAAAAAAGUGAAGUUUCUUUUGCAUAGUGCCAAGCUUCCAGGGUAUUUAUUUUGAUAAUCUGUGCCAAUUGUGUUUUGCAUUGAGAAAGGCAGCGUGUGUGUGCGAGUGCGCGUGUGUGACAAGUGUGUGUGUGUGUGUGCGUCUUUAUUUGGAUCUAAAGAGAGUGUGUGAAAACAUUGCAUCCUGUGACGGGACAGUACAUGAGAAGCCCCGCAGGCUCCAUCAUCUCGGCUUAUCGAAUGAAACUCCAAAGAAUUUGUGACUUGCUACAUCCUGAAUACACCAGCAAACGUCCAUGUUGUCUCUUCCCACAAACUGGAGUCUGUCCUUGUUAAAGCAGAAAGAAACCAGAGAGGAACACAGAGAAAAAAAAAAAAGAAACAGACAGAGUCGUGCUUUUUCUGUUGUCUUUAAGUUUGGACCCUUGUCAUUCACGCUGGAGUCUGACUGUGAAAUAUUUCUAGUUUUCAGAGACGAGAAUGGUUUCUCAUACUUUAUGUAUUAACAUGCAAGCAAUAAUGAGUUUGGGUUGUUAGGAGCCGUGGUGGUGCAGCGAGGAGGAGGAGAUCUUUGCCUGUCUUGCUUAGCGUCGGGACGAUCGUUUAUCAGGAACGAGGGAUGAUCGUUUUCUCAUCGAAGCCCGUGUAGUGUAGAAUCUGUGUCUGAGGGUCACUUAAUGGCAUAAACGUUCACGCAAACGUCCAGUCUUAGAAAUAAAAACACCAAAUCUGCAGUUGUUUUCCACGACAGACACUGUACAGCCUCUGCAUCAUCAAACAGCCUUUGACCAAAAAGCUAGAGAAAUCAUCACAUGUUCACAUUUAAAACUCUCUUUAUUUAUUUAUUAACAUCUUGGUUUGAAGCCUGCUGUACUAAGCCGAAGAUUUAUUAUUUUCAUGCAGCCAUCGUGGAGCAAUAUGAUUUUAGCAGCAUCUUAUGUUAAUGUGACAAUCUUAUCGGUCUGUGUGAAGAUGUGAAAUCUGUUCAUAUGAAAAUACACAAGAGAGUUGAGAUCAUCUGUGUCGGUCGUAUGACUCUCCCUCAUGAAACUCGUGCAAAAUGUUCUUUGUAGAUGGAUUUUACCUUAAGGGUCAAAAUGUUACAGCUGCAAAUUGUCUUUGAUUUUUGUAAUAUAAAUUGAAAAAUGUGCUUCAAAUUUUAGCUCUUGAAGAUGCAGUUAGUGGUCGAGGUUUGACCUGCGAAUUGGGAAAACGUUUAGAAUAUGCCUUAUUGUAAAUUCAGUGUACCUUUAAGGAAAUGGAAUCUGCAGAGAAAAGAUCAUUAAUGUGGUGUUUUAAAUACUGUAACAUCUGGUGUUCUGAAAUGUGAAAGUAACUCGUCCCUUCGAAAAGAAAGAAAGAACAAAAAAAAACUUCCAGAGAUUUGGGGCUAAAUCAAACAGGCCUUCUCAUUUCUUUGAAUUGCAUUGUCAUGUUUUUUUUUUUUAAUAUGUAAAAUUGUCUUUUGUUGGAAUGAACAAAAGGAGUUAUAAUAUGCAGUAAUUUAGUGUUGAAAUCCUCUGCAGUAGUACAGGGUGGACACACACUGGAAGAUUCAUAAAACACUAGUUUGAUAUUUUGGGGAAUACACUUUGAUGCCGCUCUCAUGUCUGCAUGCUAAACACAAAGCUAGGAGCUAGUUAGCUUAGCUUAGCUUAGCAUAAAGACUGGAAACAUGGGGAAACCGCUAGCCUAGCUCGGUCCAAACAUGGCUACAACAUGAUGUAGUGUUACAGCGAAUUAUAUUUCAAACUAAUUUUUUUUUUAUCAGUUGUUGCCUAGCAACAGCAUGAUGACCACAAGAUUUCAGUAAAUAGUGCAUACUUUGUUUUUUGUAUGGAUUAUAGACUGUGUCAAAGAAGUGGACGUAGCCCCUGGUUCUUGAAAGUGAAGCUAAUGUGGAAGCACCUUUAACCUGCAUUCUUUCUAUUGACCAGCGGGGGGCGACUCCAAUGGUUGCAGAAAGUCUUAUUUCAUAGAAGUCAAUGAAAAAAUGACCGUUUUUCACUUGAUUUUUUACCUCAGUAAACCAUUCCCUCGCGUGUUUAUGGUCUCAAUCACUAGUUUCUCUUCUUUCUUCUUCAUUACAACAUGAUGUUAUUCAGUAAAUUAUAGUCCCAUGUAGAAUAAAAACAGCUGUGCUCCUUUGUGAUUGACAAGUUGCCAUCAGGGCGACCUGUCAGUCACGAUAGAGGCAUAGCAAUGUGUAUCCUCCAUAGCUACACCCAAUCAUCCAAAUAUGGUCACUUCCAGCUCCAAUAAAAGACAAGAUGGUGACGGCCAAAAUGUCAGACUCGAGGCUUCAAACACUGCACCCAUUUUGAAUGUCAUCACUUGAUUGAAUGGGUGUUAUCAGCUGAAAAUAAAUCGGUCAGAAGGGUCCUACUGAAGCUACUAGUAGCUUUGUAACACUGUUAUCAGCCCAUUAAAUGGCCAGUAUCAGUUGCCAUUAGGAGUAGUUUCAUUAGGUUUCACUUUUGUUAGAUUUAGGUGCUCAAACAAUGUGGUAAGGGUUAGAAAAACAGAUCAGGGUUUGGGUAUAAAUAAAUACUUUUCUAAAGUAGGGUAACAAACCUAUAUCUCGCUAUAGAGAGGCAAAUGCCCAAUGGACCAAUGUGGGACCUCAUUUCUAAAAAAAUAUGUACGCUAGUUAAUGGCGAGAGACUUGUUUUUUCUUUUUGAUCCUGUUUAAAUUGUGCCAUGAAUUACAGGUAUGAUAUUUUCCACCCAAGAUGAAAAGAUAAUUUGCAAGUAGAAAAACUGCUUCAGUAUAAGACUGUAAAAAACGUAAUUAGAGAGACUACACAAGUCCUGUAAGUGAGGCCAUAACUUUGUCUCUUGCUGACGCUAUAAUGCCUUUGUUUUUCAUAUGGGUCUUGCAUAUUCUUUCACUUCCUAAGUGAUACAAAGCCAGGGGUAUCAUUUAUAAAAAUUGCGUGCUCACAAAACAAGGCCUGAAAGAGGCGUGCGCCACUUCCCAUGCAAAAGUUGUGAUCUAUAAAAACUGAUUUGAUGGGAUCAAUUUUCACCCAUGCUUACGAACAUUUUAGAGACUGGAAAUUAGUGAUGUAGAUGAUGAGGUGGAAGCCUGAUUGUAGAAAUUGUAGAUCCUAGGUAUUGUUUUAUAAAUGAGACCCUAGGAAUGUAUGUUGUGCGUGACGAGAAAUGUCGUUCGCCGUUUUACACAAAAAUAUAUGGUACCACGAUAAACUGCAAGUUCCUUGACUUGCAAAAUUAUCUUUUAGAUGGAUAAACGUGUAAUUUAUGGCACAAGUUAUUUAUCUCUUGCCGUUAACUACCAUACAUUGCUUCCAUCAACAUUACCACGACAACUAGAGGCUGCCUGACAAUAAACACGGCCAUUUAAUGGGCUGAUAAUGGCAUUAUGAGCCUACUAGUAGCUGUAGCAGGAUCCUUCUGACUCAUAUGUGGCUACUAACGCCAUUCAAUUGAGUGAUAGCUUCAAAGCGGUAGCUUCCGAACCAAUGGGUGAUGUCACGGUUGCCAUGUCCGCUUCUUUAACACAGUCUAUGGUCUGGAUUAAAUAAAUGGGACGUAACUUGUAAAUGAGUGAAAUGGCAGCAGGAUUUUGUUACCUGUCGACAGUGGUGUUCUGGCUGCCUCCUGUCUCUAUGCUAAGCUAACCAGCUAGCCACUGGCAGUACCGUUAGCUUCAUGCGGGACAAACGGACAUGAGAGCUCUAGCAGUCUUAGUAACUAACACCAGUGUGAAUUAGCAUGUUUCCCAAACUGUCUAUUCCUUUAACCGACUUUAAUCUUCAGGUGUGCGUCCGCCCUCUGAGGUUUCACUGUAAUGCAGUAAAGAUGUCAGAGUGUCUUUCACAACACAGGAUUGCACUCCUUGUCACCUGAACUUCUUAAAAGGGGAAUUCCACCAAAAUGUUUAUUUUUCAGGAAUCAUUUCCCAACGUUUGCCCGCAUUUAUUCUCUUUAAUACUUUAAAAGGACUGAAGGAGAUGAAGGAAGAAUAAUUUCUCCCGUUGAUGGAAUCCCCUUCGAUGAAGCAGCCUCAUGUGCCAUUGUUACUGUUGCAUCAUGUCUGCAGUGUCAAACACUGACCAUUAGAAAUGUGUUUAGUUUCGUCAGCAUCUUAGGACAAAGGGAUGACAUCUGCAUGUUGAGCCAUUUUGGUAUUUAUUUGUAAAUGUGUAUUUUUUAAUUUAUUUAUUUUAUGACUGAACUGUGAAACCAGGGGAGCUCAUAACUCUACACUAAUUCAGAUACAAAACAUUUGACUGACAGAUUGUUCUGAUGCCAAAAUCAAGAGGCCUUAAUUCAGCAAAACUAGAUUGUAAAAAAAAGAAAAUGUCAUUCCUGACAAAAAAAAUCCAACUAAAGACUCCUUUGACCUGAAAGUCACGAGUGAUUCAUAUAUGAAAUGUUAAGAAAACCGCUUUUGUACUCAUUUUUACAGACUAUUUAUUAAACUGUGAUUUUGUAAAAAAUAAAAAAAAAA